AUGUCUGCCGGUACUCCCCCUUCAUCGACGGGCUCCGUCAAGCUCGACGCCCUCAAGAACAAGGCCCUCGCUGCCGACCCAACAAAACCUUCCGGCCUCGAUCUCUACUCAAGAUUCGCCUUCGCCGGUGCCGUCUGCUGUGCCGUCACACACGGUGGCUUCACUCCCGUUGAUGUCGUCAAGACGAGGAUCCAGCUCGACCCCGCCACCUACAACAAGGGUUUCAUCGGUGGUUUCCGUCAGGUUAUUGCCAAUGAGGGUGCCGGCGCUCUCAUGACCGGUUUCGGUCCUACCUUCGCCGGUUACUUCCUCCAGGGUGCCUUCAAGUUCGGUGGAUACGAGUUCUUCAAGCAGCGAAGCAUCGACUUGAUCGGCUACGAGAGCGCUGUCAACAACCGCACCGCCGUCUACCUCGCCUCCGCCGCUUGCGCCGAGUUCAUUGCUGACAUCGCCCUCUGCCCCCUCGAGGCCACCCGUAUCCGAUUGGUGUCGCAGCCCACCUUCGCCAACGGCUUGGUCGGUGGCUUCACCAAGAUCGCCAAGAACGAGGGUAUCGGUGCCUUCUACUCUGGUUUCGGACCCAUCCUGUUCAAGCAGGUUCCUUACACCAUGGCCAAGUUCGUCGUCUACGAGAAGGUUAGCGAGCAGAUCUACCGCUCUUUCGUCGACAAGAACACCGCCUCCUCCGGCAUGCAGACCACCGUCAACUUGGGCUCCGGUCUCAUCGCUGGUUUCGCCGCCGCCAUCAUCUCCCAGCCCGCCGACACCAUGCUUUCCAAGAUCAACAAGACCCAGGGUCUUCCCGGAGAGGGAACCGUCUCCCGUUUGAUCAAGAUCGGUAGCGAGCUCGGUCUCCGCGGCAGCUUCGGUGGUAUCGGUGCCCGUCUUCUCAUGGUUGGUGGUAUCACUGCCGGUCAAUUCGCCAUCUACGGCGACAUCAAGAAGGCUCUCGGAGCAACUGGCGGUGUCGAAAUCUCCAAAUAA